AAAACUGACAUAUUGAAAGUUCUCGAAGGAACCAUGGGCUGUUCUCAAAAGAUAACAUCUCUUCUCGGGGUGUAUCGCAAUAAAACACAUUAUUCAACAAAAAAGACAUUUGGUGCUACAAAGUCAAAAGCAAUGCAGAAUUAUUACAAUCCACUGGUAUAUGACACUCUUUGGGCAAUAGCACUAUCAAUAAACGGAUCCAUUCAGAAGCAUGGAAUCGAAAAAGUCAAGAAUUAUCGACACAGAGAUAACAAAACCAAACCAGUUCUCGAUUCACUUUAUAAAAAUCUUCUUGCUGUUGACUUUCAAGGAAUGUCGGGACACUUCUAUUAUGACAAUGUAUCUGGUCUUAGACAGUUUGACAGUCAUAUUGGACUUUUCGAUUCAAAUGGGGAAUUGUCGGAUAUUGGCUAUUUCGACAAGAACGUUAGCAAGCUGUUUAUGACUGAGCCAGAUACUGUAGUCUGGAAAUCAAAAGGUGGAUCUGCACCACUAGACGAGGAAAUAAAACAAUACGAACGCAGAUGCAUUAGUAAGACUGUCACAAUCGUGCUCUCUGUACUUGCUGGCAUUGGGAUAUUACUAGCAUUAAUCUACAUUAUUUACGCAGUGGUUCAUCGGGACCAUAUAAUGAUCAAAGACGGAUGGCCGAUAAUGACUUUCGUGAUACUUAUUGGUUGUAUCAUACUUGACGUCUAUAUCUUGAUUCACAUCGGUGACCUACAGACUGGUAUACACCCAGAACCCUUAAAUGGAGAUUUAUGCAAAGCAACCACUGGGCUUCUCAUAUUCGGAUUCACAUUCUUGUACGGAGGGAUGACUGUAAAGUUAUGGGGAAUUUACAAGUUUUUCAGUCAGAAUAAGAAGAAAGUGAUAAAUGAAGGAUGGUUGGUAUUCAUAUUCUUCAUGCUCAUUGUUGCUGAUGUCAUAGUAGUUGCUCUUUGGUUUGUCAUAGAUCCUUUAUAUCCUAUGUCGAUUGAACUGGAUUCAACUCUUGACGACGACACAUCUGUUCGAACAAUAACGGUAAUGAUUGGAUGUGAAUCGGUGUAUAAAACAUAUUUCCUUAUCGCCAUACUAUGCUACAAAGCAAUCGUGCUGUUGCUCGGGGGGUUCAUAGUUUGGCCAGCAUUGUUUAUGUCAAUGAAGAAAGGGUUUUCUCACUUUUCUGGUUUUGCUGUAUCCAUGUUCACUAGUUUGUUGGCCAGUAUUGUAUCGGUUGUUAUUUCAUU